AUGACCUUUGAUGGUACCAAGAUCUCAAAGACCUCCUCCUCCUCCUUUGAGCUACAGACGUGGCAUCCAGAGGUAGUGAUUUUUUUAUGGGACAACAACCCUAAGGAUAACUGGUUUAUGCUGGGACUUCAGAAUAGUGGUCCUGAGAUCUAAUUGCACAAUGUGGAAGUGAAGAUCAACGGAAACAUGGUGCUGCUGGAGAUAGAUGGGGAGGAGGUGCUAGUCCCUGGCCAGAAAACUCCAGGCCAUCAUGAGGCUUGCACUGGGGGGACUGUCUCCAAUCUUCAACCUCCGAUUGCCAGCAAGGUAAGAUACAGGAUGAAAGCUGGAUCGGUAGACAAAAUGCUUGUGUCUUUGAGGACAGGAAACAGGAUGGGGAAUGUAGAACUGAGGCUCAGAUGGCUAGAUUCCAACAUCCCCACACCUCCCCUUCUCCUUCUGCUGGUUGGCUGCCUGCAUCAGGAUGUCUGGCUAGACCAGUAAGCUCCGACCUCAUCCUCUUCUGCCAUUAGCACCAAUUGUGCUGUAGAGUCCCAACCUGGAGUAUUCUUUCCUCCAGGGACUCAUGUAAAAUUCAGCCUCCUUAGAGAGGCCUCUUCUGCCUCCUUUUGCUUGGAUGGCCUUUAGGUCCAAGGCCAGAAGCUGGACAUGGACCAAUCCUUGAUCAGAAGCCAGGACAUCUGGACUCACAACUGUUCCCCAGAGCCUUGCUCACAGUUCUCAGGUUCUCAGUCUUUUGGGUAA